GUUCGAGUUCCAUCAAGAGGGGACAAACCAGGAGCUGUUUCCUCACCAGACCAUCCUCUUCCUAAUCAUAUUGUGCCACAGAUGCCAUCUCCUAAGGUUAUCCCAACUCUGAAGGACCCAGACAUCUUUAGAUGCUUGCAAUCAGUUCUUCCACAUAUUCAUCUCUUAUGGGAGUUAGCAUUGACCAACGAGCCUAUUGUUGUGAUGGCUCCUUCACCUACAAUUUGUUCAGAGACUGUUCAAGCUCUUGCAAGUUUGAUCUCACCGUUACACUACUGUGCAGACUACAGACCGUUCUUCACUAUUCAUGACACAGAGUUUAAGGAAUAUACCACAAGAACCCAAGCUCCGCCAGGAGUCAUUCUUGGGGUCACAAAUCCUUUCUUCGCCAAAACUCUUCAACACUGGCCGCACAUGGUCAGAAUAGGAGAAAUGUCAAAUCUUGUUAUAUCAUCAAGGAGAUCUCCCGGUGUUGGUCAAAAUGCCAAAAGAACGUUGUCGUCAAAGCCAGGAAUUUACACAAAGUACAAGCAAUUUCUAUCAAAGGAUAAACUUAUAUUUAGAAGACUAAGCAAGGGUAACCAUCCAAAAAGACCUCCGGAAGUUCAGAAUGCCAUUUUAAGGAGACACAUGUUAGAACUUACACAGAGCUUCAUGAUUCCACUGGAAAGAUAUGUUGCUAGUCUUAUGCCUCUGCAAAGAAGCAUCUCUCCUUGGAAGCAUCCUCCUAGAUUGCAGCCUUUUGAUGCAGACGAAUUUCUCACAACUUUGGAGCAUUCUGGACCACAGUUGACAUCCAGGUUGAAGGGGAACUGGGUAGGACUGUACAGGAAAUUUUUUAGAUCUGCAAACUUUGAAGGUUGGUUGAGACAUCGGCAACAAGAGAUAAGACAGAAGCUGGAACUUCUUCAUCUAGAAGCCCUUGGAAAGGCUGAUGUUGUAGGUUGGAUAAAAGAGAAGCAGGAAGUUGAGACAGUUGAUCUGUUCUUGCAGAUAAAAGAGAAGCUGGCUGGUUCAGCGUCUCUGUACCCUCCUGUGAGCCUUGAUGUCAAACAACAGUUGAAAGGUCACCUUUCAUCAAUUAUCAGAACUCUUCCUGAAGACCUUCAGUUUGUUUUAAAGAAUAGCUAACAACAAAGACUUAUUCACAAGGAGCACUCUUCGGUUGCAUGGAGAAAUACGCCUUCAAAAACAACAUUGCGUUUCUAAUGGGGAACUGCUACUAUAUUCACCUGCACCACUUAAAUCAUUUCCAACUUUGUGAUGCAUACAUAAAUGGGGGUUCAUCAUUAACUCUGUAGGCACUUUUAAACAUUACAGUAAAAUUUUAUUUUUUCUAAGAAAACAAUUGCUUUUCGCACGAGAGAGGUGGAUGUGAAAUUUAUUUUGCCUAUUAAAAUGUGAUAUAAAAGUUAAAUAAAUGUAUCAUAAAUUCUUUAAACGGCCAAUCAGAAGAGUAGAAAAUACCUUUAAAAGCCAAUGAGAACCUAAAAACCAAAAAAUGCCCACAGCGCGGGAAAAAUGUGGGCGACCAAGUCGUCAGCGGUUUCAGUUUUACAUCUUAUUGGUUAAGAGAGAGGCGCGAGUUUUCUGGACCAAUCACAAAAAGAAGUAGAGUAACACCAAAGAAGUCUCGGAUUACUUCGACACUCAAUUGAAAAAAAUGCCCUUUCUCGUUACAAAAAGUUAAUAUUAAAGAAAGAAUUAUUUAUGGUGGACCCGACCUUGAAACAACUAAAUGACAAUAUUUUGAUGAAUUUUCUUAUGGAGCGUCUGAAAUAUUUCGUGAUGAUUAAUAAGUGUAGUAGAUUUCUGUGUAAAUAAUGUGUAAAGUCUAUUUUUGUAAGUGGGAAGUUUUUAUUUUGGAAAUGGCGUAGCAUGUAAUUACAUUUUAAAGAUUUGUUAGCUCGGACACUUGUUUCCAUCAAUGACAACUGUUAGCAACAGUGCUGUAUGUUUUAUUUUUAUACGUUCAUGUUUAAGGAUAUCUCCACCUAAGGAACAAAAUUGUUAGUUAUGUGAUCCGAAACGUAGAUUUGCUGUAAAAAGAGGGAAGUAAGCACACACGUGCAGUAUAACAUUAAAUAGAAUUGUCAGCCAUUUCGAAUUUU